UGCCUCCCAAAACGGUGCCGUGUUGUGGGAAAUCCCGCCCCCUCGCCUUUAAACGUCCGUUCCUUUUCUAUUUGGUGGAAAGGCAUUCCUUUCGUGCUUGCAAAGAAGAAUAGGAAGGCCUGUGAUUCGCGGAAAGAAGGCGUGAGAGGGAAAGCGAAAUUCCAGAAACCCUUAAACCCGAUAGGAAGAUCGAGAUCCAAGAGAGGAAUUAGUGUUUCUCUGGAUCUUUCUACGUUUCUUCCAGGUUGCAACAUCUAUUUUGCACUGGAUAUUGUUGACUUUGUUGAGUGUAGUAAACAAUUGAGAGAGUGGAAGAGAAGGGAAUUGGGUUAUAACUAUGAUGGACUUGGUGUCGUCACUUCUGGGAGUUGUUACCAGAUCAGAUGGGUCUGGUCCUUCUAUUUUUGGAUGGCUGGUCACAGGAUCAUUUGGACUUCUGGCCAUUAUAUAUGCAUUCCUUAAGUGGCAAAGGAAGACAUCUGCGAAUUGGGUUAAAGCUGCUGCUAGAGCAAAGAAGAAAGUCUGGAAGAAGUUAAACGUGCCUUUAUCACAUCAUACAUGGACUGAGGAUUUUGCUUAUGAUGGAAAGCCAUCUACAUGUUCUGUCUGUUUAACUUCCCUUGUGUCUCCUCAGACACUAGGUACAAAGGCAGUAUGCAGUGUUCCUCUCCAUCGUUGCUCUGUAUGUGGUGUAGCAGUUCAUUUCCAUUGUUCAAAAUUCGCUCCAAAAGACUGCAAGUGUGCGGCACAAGCUGGAUUGACCCAAUUGCUGCACCAUUGGUCAGAAAGAUGGGUGGAAGUGGAUCAGAACCCUGAGAUGUCUUCUUUCUGUUAUUACUGUGAUGAACCAUGUGGUAUUCCUUUUCUCAGUGCUUCUCCUAUAUGGCGUUGUUUGUGGUGCCAACGCCUUAUACAUGUUAAAUGUCAUUCCAAAAUGUCAAAAGAAACUGGUAAUAUUUGUGAUCUGGGUCCCCUGAGAAGGCUUAUCCUUUCUCCACUCUCCGUAAAAGAAGCAGAUGGAGGGGCAACUGGUCGAAUGCUGAGUUCCAUCACGGAAGAGAUUAUUGCUUCAUCUGUAAGGAGUCAGAUUAGAAAAAGGCGAAACAGGAGUAAGCAUGGAAGCAAUCGUUCUGCCCUUGGUGGGGUUCCUAGCAUUAAAAUGCAGGAUGGAUCUGGUGCAAACUCUGCGCUUGAAUAUGUUCUCAACGGGCUUGUUGGUUUGGAGAAGUCUUGCAAUGGAAAGAACAAUGGACACUCUCUGAGGUGUGGUGAUGGUGGGCUACCCUCUAAAGUCAGUGAAAAUGGAACUAUAGUGAAAGAUAGAGGUGCUGCUGCUUGUCAUGCAUUAAAGAAGUAUACACUGGUUGAUUUGCCACAGGAUUCCAGACCGCUUCUGGUUUUUAUUAAUACCAAGAGUGGAGCUCAAUAUGGGCUGUCUCUUCAGAAGAGAUUGAACAUGCUAUUGAAUCCUGUACAAGUUUUUGAACUCGGUCCUGCCCAGGGGCCUGAGAUGGGCUUGAAGUUGUUUAGCACUGUGCAUUAUUUUAGAGUUCUGGUCUGUGGUGGAGAUGGUACUGUUGCCUGGGUUCUUGAUGCUAUUGAGAAACAAAACUUUGUGUCCCCGCCGCCUGUAGCCAUUCUUCCACUUGGUACAGGGAAUGACUUGUCCAGGGUUUUGCAGUGGGGAGGAGGUUUGUCUUCACUUGAAGGACAAGGUGGUUUGGGCACCCUUCUGCAUGACAUUGACCAUGCAGCGGUGACAAUGCUUGAUCGGUGGAGAGUUAGUGUAAAAGAAGAUAAAAACUCAGAUAUAGGUCAGAAGAAAGGGCAAGUGAAGUUCAUGAUGAACUAUUUAGGUAUCGGUUGUGAUGCAAAGGUUGCAUAUGACUUUCACAUGAUGCGGGAGGAAAAGCCUGAGAAGUUCUAUAGCCAGUUUGUGAAUAAACUGCGCUAUGCCAGAGAAGGUGCAAAGGAUAUAAUGGAUAGAACAUGUGCAGAUUUGCCCUGGGAAGUUCGACUUGAAGUUGAUGGCAAUGAUGUUGAGAUCCCAACGGAUGCCGAAGGUGUGCUUGUGCUCAACAUUGGCAGCUAUAUGGGUGGAGUUGAUCUUUGGCAAAAUGAGUACGAGCAUGAUGAUGAUUUUGAGCUGCAGUCAAUGCAUGACAAGAUGCUUGAGGUCGUAUGUAUUUGUGGAACAUGGCACCUUGGAAAACUUCAGGUAGGACUUUCACAGGCUAGAAGAUUGGCCCAAGGCAAAAUGAUAAGAAUACAUACGUCUACUCCCUUCCCUGUUCAGAUUGAUGGAGAGCCAUGGAUCCAACAACCUGGCUGUCUAGAGAUAACACAUCAUGGGCAGGUGUUCAUGCUGCGGAAGGCAUCAGAGGAGCCCACGGGGCAUGCGGCUGCGAUUAUGACGGAGGUCUUGGUGGAUGCCGAGUGCAAUGGUGUCAUCAACACGGCUCAGAAGAGGUUGCUUUUACAGCAGAUGGCUCUCCACCUGACCUAGUCAUCACUGCUCUGCUCUAAUCCCCCCACAGCAAUGUCACCUUUUAACCACCUGGGUUGUUUGAAGGCCCAGAUCUGUUUUGAAGGUUUGCUUCUUUUGACCAAGGAGCUACCACUAACACAUCUUAUGAGAGAGAGAGAGAGAGAGAGAGAGAGAGAGAGAGAGAGAGAGAGAGCAUUGUAUUCAUAUAUAGAUUCAUUGAGGCAGGAGAAUACCAUUGGUCAGGUUUGUAUCUCUACCGAAAGAGCACAUGCCAUUUUUUUGAAGCGACAGGUUCCUUUGGUGACAAUUCAAAAGGAGCAUUCGUUUCUAGAAGUGUCCAACCACAACAUGUUUGAAAAAAAGAAGGAAAACGAAAAAGAACAUGAUGUAUAGCGGGAUUAUAUCUUGGGACGGUCCACCUUGCAGUGUUAUGGACCAUAUUCUUUUGGACCUCUUGUAAGCCAGUGGUGGCCCCCACUGCACGACUGCUGCCAUGUCAAUGUUUGAGAGUUACCUAAGGCUAUGAGCAGAUAAAUCUGCCUAGUUGCGGAAACAUUUUUA